AUGCAACGUCAUAUUGCCUUCGUGUGUGCACCCUUAUAUCGCAGGGCAGUACAGCUGCAGAAAAAAGGUGAACACCCCCACGCUGUUUUUCGCAGCUCGAGGUGCAAAGUCGGCGUGCAGCGCCAGGUCCGUUUCACUGUACCCGGGUUGCGAGCCACGGCCGUGAUGCCUACACCAACCCAAGCGCCGGUUCGUGUGCAAGUCCCUCGACGUGAGCUGGGCGAGAAGGCUUUUGGCUUCACUCUCGUCAGAUCUGAAUUCGUUCCCGAGAUUCAGUCUUAUGUGCGCGUGUACAAACACGAUAGGUACGGAACCGAGCUGAUAUCCGUUGUGAACGAUGACGAGAACAAGACGUUUGGAGUCGCGUUUCGUACACCGCCUUCUGAUUCGACUGGCGUGCCUCAUAUACUGGAGCACUCUGUGCUCUGCGGGUCCCGAAAGUAUCCCGUUAAGGAGCCCUUUGUGGAGCUGUUGAAAACCUCUAUGAAUACUUUCCUGAACGCAAUGACGUUUCCGGAUAAGACCUGCUAUCCGGUGGCUAGCACGAACUUGCGUGACUUUUACAAUCUCGUGGAUGUCUAUCUUGACGCGGUAUUUUUCCCCAGGCUAACACCAGAUACGCUUGCGCAAGAGGGGCACCACAUAGAGCUGGAUGCCGUCGACCAACCGAUGUCGAUCAAGGGCGUCGUGUAUAACGAAAUGAAGGGUGCUUUUUCCUCACCCGAGCGAGUUUUGAUGUCUGCGAGCCAGAGAGCGCUCUUCCCUGACACCACCUAUGGUGUUGAAAGCGGUGGAGAUCCCGCUGACAUACCGCAGCUCACCUGGGAAGCAUUCAAGAGUUUCUACGAUCGGUGCUAUCAUCCAAGUAAUGCACGUAUUUGGUUCUACGGUGAUGACCCCGAGGACAUGCGCCUGCAGAAAGUUGCAGAAUUUCUCGAUGCUUUCGCAGAAUCGAGCGACCGUCCACCGAGCAUGGACCCGAAAGCGACCGCGAUUUCCGUUCAGAAGCGUUUCGCCGAACCACGCCGGGUCGAGCUCCCGUAUGCCACUGAUGAAUCCGGAAAGUUUUACACGACAGUCAACUGGAUGCUGCACGAUACCGUCGUAUCACUCGAUGCGGAUCGUAUGCUCAGUCUCGUUGUUCUGGAUCACAUUCUGCUCGGCAGCUCGGCGGCACCGCUGCGCAAAGCACUCAUCGAUUCAGGGCUUGGUGAGGACGUCCUCGGUGGUGGCCUCGAAUCGGAUCUGUUGCAGAUGACCUACAGUGUGGGCAUGAAAGGAAUUGCUCAAGAGCAGGACACGGAGCGAGUUGCAGACCUGAUUUUCGAGACGCUGCGGAAACUGAGUAGCGAGAAGCUGGAUGAUAAUCUGGUGCUGGCCUCUCUGAACACCAUCGAGUUCCGUUUGCGCGAAAAUAACACCGGCUCGUUCCCGCGUGGCCUCGCUCUCAUGCUGCGGGCGAUGACCACAUGGCUACAUGAUGCUGACCCAGUUUUGAUGCUCAGGUUCGAAGAGCCACUGAAAAAGUUGCGCGAGCGGAUUGCGUCCGGCGAGCCCGUCUUUCAGAAGCUCAUCCAGGAGGAGUUUCUGACGAAUACGCAUCGCGUACAGGUGGUUCUGCGUCCAGACCCUGACUAUGCGAAACGCACCGAGGAGGCCGAGCAAGCCCGUCUGGCUGCCCUGAAACAGUCCCUUCCUGCAGCCGAAAUCGAAAAGAUCAUACAGGAGACACAACGGUUGCGUGCGAAACAAGCCGCACCAGACGCUCCAGAGGAUCUCGCAAAAGUGCCGUCUCUGCAUGUAUCCGAUCUCGAUCGGAAAGUGAAAACUGUUCCGCGUCACGCAGAGAACAGAGCUGAGGGUGUAACGAUCCUGUCACAUCCGCUAGCAACGAAUGGUAUCGUGUACAUCGAUGUCGGGUUUGAUACGACGCAGGUGCCCUCUGAGCUGCUGCCUCUUUUGGGUAUCUAUGCGGAGAGCCUCUUCGAGGUCGGUACCCACAGAGAGGACUUUGUCGCGCUCCAGCGUAGGAUCGGACGUGAUACUGGCGGCCUGCGUGCGGCGGUACUAACCACCCAGCAAGUCGACGAGCGCGGCGACGGGGCGGUGAUUCAGCGGUUGUUCCUGCGCGGCAAGGCAACCGCAAACCAGGUUGCCUCCCUGUUUGACAUCCUAACCGAUGUGCUUCACGAGAUCAAGUUUGAUGACCGAGAACGGAUUAGGCAACUAGUUGUGGAAGAGCGAGCGGGUCUUGAAACGCGCCUGGUGCCCAGUGGGCAUGUAAUGACGGCAAGUAGACUGAAAGCGCAGUAUCGCCGCAGCGACUGGGUGAACGAACAGCUUAACGGCAUUUCUUACCUGCGGUACUUGCGCGCACUUCAAAAACGCGUCGAGCAGGACUGGGAUCAGGUCAAGGCGGACCUGGAGCGCCUACACCAGUGCGUCAUCUCGCGCCAGGGCGUCAUCGUGAACGUGACUUACCCGCAAAUUGACGAGGUGAUGUCGCACGUGGACGCGUUUCUGGAGGCAUUGCCAGCCCGUGCGCUUUCCGCAGCUGCGGACACGAAUGCCGCGCCCGCGCUGGACGGCGUGUCGCUGCGCCCCAUGAACGAGGGCCUUGUCAUUCCGGCACGAGUGAACUAUGUUGGCAAAGCGGCGAACCUGUUCGACGCCGGCUUCCGUGUCCACGGUGCAUUGCUGUUGGCGGCGCGCUACCUGAGCAAUACCUAUCUCUGGGAAGAGGUUCGAGUGCGCGGCGGCGCAUAUGGCGGGUUCUGCCGCCUUGACCCGCGCACGGGCACGUUUCUAUUUCUCUCCUACCGAGAUCCGAACGUGGAGAAAACCGUCGAUAUAUACGACGGAGCGUGUGAUUUCCUUCGUCGGAUCCAACUGAGUCGCGAUGAGAUUGACAAGUCCAUCAUCGGCAUCAUCGGUGACAUGGAUGCCUACGAGCUGCCUGACGCGAAAGGUUUCAACAGCGCUCUGCGCUACCUGACAGGAGAGACCGACGAACUGCGACAAAAGAGACGCGAUGAGAUUUUCAGCGCCAGGAUCGAAGAUUUUCGUCGACUUGCGGAUGCACUCGCACAAGUUCGGGAGCACGGAUCGGUCGUUGUGCUCGGUGCUAGUGAGUCGAUUCGUCGUGCGGAAUCUUGCCUGAAACUCGAACGCGUUGAACCAGCCCUGCCAGGAACAGACGUUUAA